AUGCGACCUCGGCAUGCUUCUAGCCUCGCUCUGACGGCGGCCUACUUCGGAGUGGCAGGGGCCAAUUACCUUCACUCGGACGGCCAGGAUGCCAACGGCCAUUCGCUGCCCGAGUACUCCCCCGGCCGGCCACCGGCGAUCCCCUUGGCGGUCCGAAGCCCCUAUUUGAGCGCCUGGGUGACAACUGCCGGCAAUACCACACUCAACAGCAACUCAGUCACGUUUUGGUCCGGCAUACCACUUGGGUGGGACGGCAUGGUGGCGGUGGACAACGUUACGUACGAAUAUCUGGGCACGGGCGCCCAGUCGCUUCAGCGGAUCACGGGCCUAGAGCCGGCGCGGCCGCAGUCGGUGCACUACGAUGCGCACUACUCCAACUUUACCUUUCUGGCGGGCCCGGUCGAGAUCACGGCCAGCUUCUUCUCGCCUGUGACGCCCAAGGACAUCUGCCGCACAGCGAUCCCGAUGAGCUACCUGACAACGCGAGUGCGCGUGUUGGACGACAAGCCUCAUGUCAUCCGUGUGUACUCGGACGUCAAUGACGCAUGGAUCCGGCGGCAGAGGGGAUCGCCUCUGGUGUGGGAUCUGACGCAGGACAAGGCCACGCCGGCGAUCAACGGUAGCGUAGCAGGAGAACAGAGCGGAGGCGGCAAUGAGACGAUCGGAAGCGCGUCCGCUCCGUACACCUGGACACUGCAGCAGAGCGUGCCGUAUUUUAUGGCCGAGGACAGCGACAUGGCACAGUGGGGCAACUUCACAUACUCGACCGCGCCGUUUGGUGCGCGCCUAAGCUACGAGAACGGCGAUCCCGUGGGUGUGCGAUAUGGCUUCAUAACUCAGAGGCAGCUUCCCUCCGUUGUGCAACGCGACUUUGCGAGCUUUACCGGAAGAGAGUCCGUGUUCGCCUUCGCGCACGACUUUGGCAGUAUCGGUGGCGCCAGCGACCGUCGGAAGGAAGUGUCGGUGCGGUACAGCAUAGGCUCCAUCCAGACUCCGGCGGCACGAUACCUCUAUUACGGCGGAGUGGCCCAGCUCCGACCGUGGUGGCACACGUGCUAUGGCGAGGACACAGCAUCGCUGGUGCGCUUUCACUGGCACGACUUUGAGACAGUCAGCCGGUUGGCAGCGGAGAUGACAGCGUCGUUGAAGAGCGACAUUGCGCAGUACUAUAAGGAAGAGUUCGACGGUUGGGCAUCGUCAAACAACAGCACAAACGGCACAGUCAAAGCCACAACACGGCAUGCUCUCUUCCCCAACACAACGGUCCUGACGACAACAACGGUGACAUCGACGUCGACAGCUGCGACGGCACAGCCGAACGCCACCAGCACCAACACGGCCCAGGGACACUACAUCUUCGACCCCGACACGGCGUAUGGCUUCCUCAGCACUCGUGAUAACAACACAGGUGUAGCCGUUCCAGAUGUGUCCGAAGCGGAUGCGCUGUAUGCAAUCGUGGCCCUGUCCGCGCGCCAGGUCAUGGGAUCGUAUAUUUAUGCGAUCCCUCCGUCGGCACUCUCGUCGACGUCAUCCGUCGAGCCGCUCAUGUUCCAGAAGGAAAUCUCCAGCGACGGCAACCUCAAUUCCGUCGAUGUCAUCUUCCCUGCGGCGCCCUUCUUCCUGUGGGCUAACCCGGAGAUGCUCAAGUACAUUUUGACGCCCGUGUAUGAAAUGCAGGAGGGCACGUUCUACCCCAACAGCUACUGCGCCCACGACAUUGGCGCACAAUUCCCCAACGCCACGGGCCACGUCGACGGAAACGACGAGUACAUGCCCGUCGAAGAGUCGGGAAAUUUCAUCUUGCUGUCGCUUGCGUACUACCGCUUUGCAAAAGGGAACGCGGACAGCAACGCAACCGCCUGGCUUGCCAGCCGCUACCGUUUGCUGCGGCAGUUUGCGCAGUAUCUCGUCGAUUUCUCGCUGGUACCGGCCGCACAGCUCAGCACCGAUGACUUUGCCGGCACGCUCGCCAACCAAACCAACCUGGCCAUCAAGGGCAUCUUGGGUAUCGCCGCCAUGGGCGAGAUUGCGCGUAUCGCAGGUCAGCCGCAUGAUGCCGACCAUUUUGAAACCAUUGCCCGCGACUAUUACCGCAAGUGGGUGUACCUGGCCGUCGACCCGACGGGCCACUCGCACACGCUGCUUGCGUAUCAGUGGCGCUCAAGCUGGGGCCUGCUGUACAACGUGUUCAUGGACAAGCUGCUGGACUUGGGCGUGGUCGGCGACGAUAUAUACGCGAUGCAGUCGGAAUGGUACCCGCAGGUGUCCCAGGUCUUUGGCGUGCCGCUCGACAACCGCCACCACUACACCAAGAGCGACUGGAUGAUGUGGGUGGCUGCAACAUGCACGCCCAAAACGCGGCGUCUGCUGGUGACGAGCCUAGCAUAUUGGCUCAACUACACCACCACAGAGCAUCCGUUUUCCGACUUGUUCGAGGUCGUCGGGUCGGGCUACUAUCCGCAGGUGCCGCAGGACAUCCGCUUCCAGGCACGGCCCGCCGUCGGUGGCCACUUUGCCAUACUGGCCCUGGCGCGGAGCCGUCAACUUGGGAACGGAAACAUCGACGGGCAUGGAAAUGCGACGGGCAACUCAGCAAGUGAAGUGGCUUUGCCGACCGGUGCGAGCUCCGACUUGAGUGGGAACGGCUCCAACACACCGCCGCCGACGAUCGUUUUCGUGACGGGCGGCACAAACACGGGCACAGCAAUGAGCCUGACUUCUGCGGUAUCCUCAUCCAAGUCUCCACCGACGUCGUGA